AUGGCUGAGUGCCCCGCCGGCGCCCAGGCCCGGGCCCACCGCGCCUCGCGAAAGGCCGCAGGUGCUAAACAGAGGAGUACCUUGAAACAAGAAGAUGCUUCUAAAAGGAAAGCAGAACUAGAAGAGACUGUGAGAAAGAAGAUUGAGUUUGAGAGAAAAGCUCUACAUAUUGUUGAACAGCUUUUAGAAGAAAAUAUUACAGAAGAAUUCUUAAUAGAGUGUGGGAAAUUUAUCACACCUGCUCACUACGGGGAUGUUGUGGAUGAACGUUCUAUUAUCAAGCUCUGUGGUUAUCCCUUAUGUCACAAGAAGCUAGGAAUUGUACCAAAACAAAAAUAUAAAAUUUCUACCAAAACCAAUAAGGUCUAUGAUAUUACUGAAAGAAAGUGUUUUUGCAGCAAUUUUUGUUAUAAAGCAUCUAAGGUUUUUGAAGCACAAAUUCCUAAAACUCCAGUAUGGGUUCGAGAAGAAGAAAGGCACCCUGAUAUUCAGCUGCUACAGGAGGGACAAAGUGGCCAUUCUGGAGAAGAAGUACAGUUAUUCAAUAAGGCCAUUAAAACAUCAGAUGUUGACAAUCCUGGCCAUAUUGAGAAGCAGUAUGAAUCUAAUUUUUCUAGCACUCAUAGCGAUAGUAGCAGUGAUAAUGAGCAAGACUUUGUUUCCUCCAUUCUACCAGGAAACAAACCAAAUGCAAACGGUAUAAGGCAACAGCUUCACAAAAAAAGCAUCAUGAAAAAGAAAGCUUGUCAAAAACCUAACUUCAAGCAAGAAGACAAAGAACAGGCAGUAAUAAAUAUUACUGAGCAGUUAGGCAAUUGCAGAUUAGAUAGUGAGGAGAAAGCUGUUCCUUGUGAACUUCCUUUACAGAAGGUAAAUACUCAGGUUUCUUUAAAUAGUCCUUCAAGAGAAAAAUUAGAUGCUUCAGAAAUUCCUGAAAAGAAAUACAAUAGUUCAGAAAUAACUUUAGUAGGCAUAAGUAAGAAAAGUGCUGAGCAUUUUAAGAGGAAAUUUGUCAAAUCAAACCAAGUUUCCAGGUCAGCUUCUAGUUCGGUGCAGGUGUGUCCUGAAGUUGCAAAGACAAACUUACUUAAAGUACUGAAGGAGACUUUGAUUGAGUGGAAGACAGAAGAAACUUUGAAGUUUUUGUAUGGCCAGAAUUAUGCUUCUGUGUGUCUAAAACCCUCGUCAGUCCCUCUGGUUGAAGAAGAGCUUGAUGAAGAUGACAUAAAUUCUGACCCAGAUAGUCAUUCCCUCACCUUGCGGGAAUCUCAGGACAGCUUGGAUGCGUCUUUGCCUUUCAGGACCUCAGAUACAGCCAUUAAACCACUGCCAAGUUAUGAGAGCUUGAAGAAGGAAACUGAAAUAUUAAACCUAAGGAUCAGAGAGUUUUAUAGAGGACAAUACGUUUUAAAUGAAGAAACCACCAAAUCGCAAGACUCACAAGAGCACGAUCCCACCUUUCCACUGAUAGAUUCAAGUUCUCAGAAUCAGAUUAGAAAACGCAUCGUACUCGAAAAAUUGAGUAAAGUAUUGCCUGGACUUUUGGGGCCUCUUCAGAUUACAUUAGGAGAUAUUUACACACAACUUAAAAAUCUUGUUCGAACUUUCAGAUUAACAAAUAGAAAUAUUAUACACAAACCUGCAGAAUGGACCUUAAUUGCUAUGGUGUUGCUGUCAUUACUGACCCCGAUUCUUGGCAUUCGGAAGCAUUCUCAGGAAAAUAUGAUGUUUACACAGUUUCUAGCCACCCUGCUUGAAGAAUUACAUUUAAAGAAUGAAGACCUUGAAAAUUUAACCACCAUAUUUAGAACCAGCUGUUAA